CCAAAUCCAAUCCUUUUCCUUGAACUUACCUCAAUUAUGUAUCACUACUUUUUCUGUUUCUUUGCAGUGUGCUCUCUUUUAGGGGGUGCUUAAAUUCUCCUUUCUUUUGAUUCCUUUGCUAUCAUUUUUUUUCUUCUUUCUUUUCCUUUUCUAGCCAUAACCCUUUAUUCUUAUCCCAUCCUUGGUUCAAAAAAUUUCUUUCUUAUUUUUCCUAUUUGGUGCAAAUUUACUUCCUUUUGUUGGUUGAUUUUGAAGUUGCUUUUCUUGCUGGUGUGUGAUUUAACUCAACACUAAGAAAAAACUUAAGAUGGUGAGAGGAAAGACUCAAAUGAAGCGUAUAGAGAACGCAACAAGUAGACAAGUAACAUUCUCAAAGAGAAGAAAUGGUUUGUUGAAGAAGGCUUUUGAGUUAUCAGUUUUGUGUGAUGCUGAAGUUGCUCUUAUUGUUUUCUCUCCAAGAGGGAAACUUUAUGAAUUUGCAAGCUCUAGCAUAACAGGAUCAAUUGAACGUUACCGCAGUCAUACCAGGACUAAUAAUACUUCAACACCUGCAUCAGUGGAUCAAAAUACUCAGGCUCAAUUGAAGGAAGAAUCCCAACACAUGAUGAAGAAGAUUGACCUUCUUGAGGCUUCAAAACGGAAACUCUUAGGACAAGGUUUAGGGUCUUGUUCCCUUGAUGAACUACAAAAGAUAGAGCAACAAUUGGAGAGAAGUAUAAGCAGUAUUCGAACAAAAAAGAAUCAGAUUUUCAGGGAACAAAUUGAGCAGCUAAAAGAAAAAGAAAAAACCCUAAUUGCUGAGAAUAUCAGGCUCUCUGAAAAGUAUGAUAAGUUUUCCCAACCAGCAAAAAAGGAUGAAAGAGAAAAUUUACACGAACCCUUUGCAGAAAGUAGUCCAAGAUCAGAUGUGGAGACUGAAUUGUUCAUUGGUCUUCCAGAAACAAGAACAUGGCGCAUUUCUCCAAAGAUUUAGUUGAGAUUGAAGAAUUGAAACGAUGAGUUCAACUAAUUAUGGAAAUGAAAAUGAAAAUAAGGGUAAGGGAUACAAUUUUUCAUUAUGACAGGUUGUAUUGAUAUACCUUUAUAACAGACUCAGAACUAUUCACUUCCAUUGUGUUGUAACAUUCAUGCCAACCUUUUAGGGUUUUACCCUAUUAUCCCAAAAAUGUUUGUUUCCACAAACUAUUAAAUUUUCUAUUCUAUUAUUCA